AUGGCCUCAUCCUCGGACGGCGAGCCACGUGGAGGUGAGAAGGUUCGUGCCUGCCUCCUGAGUGGGGAGGUGCUCGAGGUCGAGCUUCCCUCGAGAUCCGGUGUCUUCGAAAUCCGGGGCCAAGUGGCCCACCGCCUGGGGCUCCAUCGUUUCGAGGUGGCGCUGCUCCAUGGUGGAAGGAAGCUGCAUGAUACUGACCACGACUCCGUGCAUGAGGUGUCAGUGCUGGUGCAGCCUUUCCUGUCGCAGGAUGUCAUUGACCAGCUGAUUCACAACAUGAGGGCUGCCGGUGUGGUUUUCUCGCCCGGAAUGACGGACGCAGAGAUUCAGAACGCGGAGGAGAACUGUAAAAUCUCCUUCCCGCCAGACUUGAGGCUCUUCUUGCAGACUGCCAUGCCCGAGGGGCCCGACUUUCCGAAGAACUGGCGCCGGACCGUUGCCGUCAGUGUACAUGACCACCAUGCGGUGAUGCGAGAUGACAUUCACGAGAGACUGGGAGGUGUAGAGAGCUUUUGGUAUUCUGAGUGGGGCCCCCGGCCAGAGGACAGGAAUGAGCGGGCCUCGCUGACAAAAAGGCACCUGAAAGGCGUGCCACGACUUAUUCCCAUUUACGGCCAGCAUUUCGUGGUGAGCGGCACACCUGCCGGCCAGCCGGUAUUGGGUGUUGCAGAGAGGUAUAGAAUGUGCCGCCUGGCCACAGACUUGGCCGCGUACUUCUCGCUCAUGUUCAACUUCCGGCCCGUGCGCCCUUACUUGAACUGCCCAAUCGUCACCGCAACCUUCUGGGGGGAAUUCGAGAAGCACUUAUUCCAUGAUCAGACCCACCGGACUGCGCAACACUCGGCGCACAUUGCGUCCGGGUUGUGGAGGUGA